AAAUAAAGCGCGUCGUUCCAGUAUGGUUCUACGUCUCAAAAGCGUACGGCAAAACUAUAGUUUGAGAAGUCAAUCAUAAACAAACACUGAAACUUGGUGGUGACGUAUUAUUCAUUCAGUUUUAUGUCGUCUGAGAUAAACGAUGGAUUGUUUCACUGCAGUUUAUGUGAUUUAAAAAUCAGAUAUGAUUACAAAGGCGAUAAGCCUCCAUUCUUCAAACAGGAUAUAAAGCUUCUGGAAAGUGUAUAUUGUAUUCGUGAUCCAUUUGCUGAUGAUAAUCUGGGUGGAAUAAUACUGGGCGGUGACUGUAAUGCGUGUGGAAAAACUGUUUGUAUUUCUCAGGUAUGUCAUGUUCAGUUUAUUUCAGAUUUGUUGUUGUUCAGAAUUGUUCAACAUACAAUUUGAAACGAUACUGCACUCGUUGCGCGAAAAAUGGGCAUAACAGUAGUUGAUAAUUUUCAUACGGAUUGUUAGAACUAAUAGUUAUUCAUGUACAUGUGUUUCUUAAGUUUCAGUGCCUGUUGUGCUAAUUACUAUGUAUUAUUAUUAAACAAUAAACAUUGCGGGAUACAUUUGA